AUGCACACUGUAUGCACUCAUAUGGCCAAAGGCCAUUCUUCUACAUGCCAGAUAAUGUGGGGUGGUGAUUGGAAGAAGGGUGCUUGGACAACAUCCAAUGCUUGCAAGCCCUCCAAAUACAUGGGUUGUGCUAGAAGAGAGGAGGUGAUCACACGUCUCGUUUCAUUUUGGGGAACGAAGAAAGUGAAGUCGCUCCUGGAGUAUUUAACUCGAAGAUAUAGGAAGUCUGCUGUGAAAAAUUCUAGUGGAAACCCUGGAUGUAUAUGCAGGAAACAAUCCUUUGCUAGCAAUUUUUGGCCUGUAUGUCAAAACUUUUUAUUUCAAAUAGGUGAGAAAAUGGUUGCUGAGUCUGAAGAAGACCUUGCCAAGUACAAGGAAUAUGACCUCAUUGAAAUGAAGCAAGAUAUACUUGAUCAUGUUCAAGAUUCUACAAAUAGGAAUGGUGUUUCUCCCGAGGUAGAAUAUUUUCAGCUGAGAAAACAAGAAGAUGUUUUCAAUGCUUUAAACAAUGGACAACCAAGAAUAGUUACCGAGACAAGUAAGGAACGCCACAAGCUGAGAAGGGCCAACCAAAAGACAAAGAAAGCAAUUGAGAAUGCAGUGGAAAUAUACAACAUUGCUGCACAAGAUAUAGAAAAUGAAGUACAAAUAAAUUCAACCGAAAUGGGAUGUAUUCUGAAAGCUGAUUUCCCAUGGAGGUCGGACAUUACUCUGGGGAAGAAAAGAGACCUUGUUAAUAAGAAAGAAUCAUUUGAAAGACUUAAAGAGGAAGAGGUCCUCCUUAAAAAAGAAAUGAAACAAUUUCUAUUAUAUUAUACAAGUCUAAAGAUACAAAUGGAAAUGUAG